UACCCGAGGCCCUUCCCCCCGCCCCCCUGGGGGACGAGUCUGCCGCGGGACGCAACCCCCCUGGUCCAGGACCUGGUCCGCGCGCGGGGCCUCACCCAGUCCAGCGGUGCGAGCGAGCGCGUUCACGUCGUCGUCGUCGACCUCCCUCCUGGCGACCACCAUGUCCUGGCGCAGGGUGCUGGCGGCGCUGGCGCUGGCCGGGAUGGUGCGAGCCGGCCACCACUUCAUACGGCUGGCCAUCCUGCUGGCGCUCGGGCUGGGCGGCAUGUACAUGCUGCACAUGCUGGCCCAGGACUACAACAAGAUCACCAACCGGCCCGCGCGGCCCGCCGUCGCCGCCGCCACCCGGGCGCUCACCAGGGCCAUCGGCAAGAGGGACGUCGGCGCUGUGCUGCAGGAGCGCGGGCAGGAGCAGUCCGAGUGGGGCCCGAUGCGGCGCGCCGUCGGCCACGUGCUCAAGCAGGUGCUGCUCCAGGACCCCCUCGGGUGCGCGCGGAAGCUGGUGUGUCAGCUCGCCGCCUCCAAGUCGGAGACGCUGCGGCCGCACGAGGCCGCCAUCCUGCGGCUCGUCGAGCGCAGCAAGCUCGAGGACGGCGACGACGACGCUUCGGCCGAGUUCCGCGCCGCGCAGCGCCUGGGGAAGUCCAGUGGGGACGAGGCCCGCUGCGCCACCCGCUACUCCCGGUGCCUCAUCGAGGCCAGGACGAUGCUCAAGCUGCUGCAGGCGGUGCGGUGAGGCACGCUGUUAGUGAGCGUGCCCACGGAACCCGUCGAGCGAAACCAAAGAGGAGAGAACACCUCGCUCUCAAACACUAUUUUUUUUUUUUUCUUCCGUAGAUUGGAUGUUCAAACUGGAAUUUCCUUUUCUUUUUGUUGAUGCUUUUCUGUUAAGUUUAAUAAAAAGUUUUGAAAAAGUUGUUGAAAA